AAGAGCUCAGAGGAGCUUAAAUUCAGGCAGCUGUGAGACGGUGCAGCAGACACACUGAAGCCUUCAACAUGAAAGCUGCUCUGCUGGCAUCUUUCUUGUGUUUGCUGUCCACAGUGGUGGCUCAGCCAUAUGACCAUUAUGAUAUGGGCUGGGUGAAUGGCUACCGUCAAGGCUUCAACUUCCAAUGCCCCCAUGGAGAGGCCCUUGUAGCUAUUAGGAGCUACUUCAGUGAGAAAGAAGGCUCGGACCGCUUGUGGUCUUUUGAGUGUCAGCGUACACCUGAGACUCUUGGCGAGCCAAGUGACUGCUGGUGGGACGACAUCAACCGUGCAGGACUGGAAUGGUCGUCGACAUGCACCCGGAAUGGCCUGGUGGCGGGGGUUCAGAGCAAGUACUUUGAAUCUGUCCUCGACCGCGAAUGGCAGUUCUACUGCUGCUACUACAAACGCCGCUGUCCCUACGCCUGCAUAAAAACCAAUGACAUUCCUGAAUAUCACAGAGAAGAGGCAGAGAUGGUCAUCCCAGCUUAUGGCUACUUCAUCCGUGGAGCCCAGACUACAUUCAGCGGGGUGCUCAGAGAUCGGCAGUGGAAAUACAUCCUGUGCAGGAUGACAGACUUUGACUGUGAAUUUGAGAAUUUAUAGACCUGUAAGAAGCAUCUUAAUUACACACAAAUGUGUGAAAUAUAUAUAACCAUUACUCAUUCAGUCAUAUCAUAGUAAAGGUACAACCUUAAAGUAUUCAGGUUCUGUUUUUUAUAUAUCUUUUCACAUAAUAAAUAUACCAAAUCAAGGAUUUUUCCAAUGUAACCAUUUAAUUUUUUUCUAGCUGUAAGAACUUAUACAUAAGAUAACCAGUACAUAAUAAACAUCUACACUUGGAAUCAAGUGAAUAUUUGAGCUCCACAGCUUUUCACCUUGGGAGGACCAGCUUGCAUGUUUUGCAAGAGUUUCCCAGAGCAGAAGCAGUUAUUUGAUACCAUGUUUAUAGCAUCUGAAAGAAAAAUAGCAAAACAGGCUCUGCUCCAAGAUUUCUCAGCUAGGGAACCAAAACAUUAAGGAUGUUCUCUAGAUAGAAAAAUUGGAGCAACAGUUUAGGCUAAUGAGGAGGAAUGAAUAUGUGUCACUAUAUGUUUUGCAUGCAGCCAACUGUGCCGAUCAAUUCCCUUUUUUUAUCUCAUACGUCUGGCAUAUUUAUCUGUGUAAAAAAAACU